UGAAUUGAUGACCAGACUUCGUACUCUGCACUCUAUGGCUUAGCAAUGAAAUAAAUUCAAGUGGAUGUAAAACUUCGUAAAUAAAUAACAGUUCAUUAAUAAACAUUUAUAUUUAUAUAAUUAAAAGUUAAUUAGCACAAAGAUGUUGGUGACUGUUCCUGUAGUUCGUCAACAAUUGGCUAAUUUGGCCAGUUCCGGUGGAUCUCAUAAAGAUCAAGCGGAAAAAUACCGGUCAAUAUUAGACGGGAUUAUAUCGUCAUCAUCAAAGGAUGAUCUUGUUGACAAUUUAAAAAUUUUUAUCGAAGCCAUUGUUAAUGAAAAUGUGAGUUUAGUUAUAUCGCGACAAGUUUUGACUGACGUCAGUACUCGGUUGUCGCAUUUAUCUGAUGAAAUUUCAAAGGCUGUGUCACAUUAUACCCUAGACAAAGUACAACCUAGAGUUAUAUCAUUUGAAGAACAAGUUGCUAGCAUUCGUCAGCACUUGGCUAAUAUUUAUGAAAGAAAUCAGGACUGGCGAGAAGCUGCUAAUGUUCUGGUUGGAAUUCCACUGGAAACUGGUCAAAAGCAAUAUACAGUAGACUAUAAGCUUGAAACUUAUUUAAAAAUAGCAAGACUGUACUUGGAAGACGACGAUCCAAUUCAGGCAGAAGCAUUUAUCAAUCGCGCAUCAUUAUUGCAAGCAGAAACUAAAAAUGAACAGUUACAGAUUUACUACAAAGUUUGUUACGCUCGAGUGUUGGAUUAUCGUAGAAAAUUUAUCGAAGCCGCGCAAAGAUACAACGAACUGUCAUACAGAUCAAUUAUUCAUGAAGACGAGCGUAUGACAGCACUGCGUAAUGCUCUUAUAUGUACAAUCCUUGCAUCAGCAGGUCAACAACGAAGUCGUAUGCUGGCUACUCUUUUCAAAGACGAACGGUGCCAGCAACUUCCGGCUUACGCGAUCCUAGAAAAAAUGUACCUAGACCGCAUCAUUCGUCGUACAGAGCUCCAGGAUUUCGAGGCGCUCUUGCAACCUCAUCAGAAAGCAUUCACCCACGACGGUCUGGGAUCGACGAUUCUUGAUCGCGCUGUUAUUGAACACAAUCUACUGUCUGCUAGUAAACUCUACAACAAUAUUACUUUUGAAGAACUGGGAGCUCUUUUGGAAAUUCCACCGUCCAAUGCUGAGAAAAUUGCCAGCCAGAUGAUCACUGAAGGCCGCAUGAAUGGAUACAUCGAUCAAAUUGAUUCGAUUGUUCAUUUUGAAACACGUGAAAUUUUGCCAACGUGGGACAAACAAAUUCAAUCGCUCUGCUAUCAAGUGAACCAAAUAAUUGAAAAAAUCGCCCAAACACAACCAGACUGGAUCGCUAAAGCCACGGAAGAUCAAUUGGUGCACUAACCAAUGCUAAUUAUCAUAAAUUAAGUUUAAUAAUAAUAAUAAUAUUAAUAAGUUUUUAAAUCGAUGCUGAGUUUUGAUUGUAAAAAAAAAAGUUUAUUAGCGAUUCAAUAAAACUGCUUGCCAAAGUUCCAUUCUGCAGUAAAUAACAAAAUAAAAUAGCAACUAAAAGUUUAUACACUCAUUGUAAGAGAUAUCAGUUACAUAUUUUAUGAUUAUAGAAUAAUGUAAAUAAAUCAAUACUUGAUACUUAACGUAACAACCGUGUUCAAUUUUAUUUUGUAACUUAAGAGUCUUUUUUUAUUCAGACUUGACAACUUAAACAGAAAACAACAUAGUAAAUAAAGAUAAGUUUCUUCGAAUACAAAAUAACGAUUAAAAUGUUAUACAAUAAAUCCUGAUUUGCAAUAAUAAUUACACAGAAAUAAAUAAUUUCUUCACUCAAAAUUUUACUCACCUCAAAAAAAUUUUUACUUCUCAAGAAAUUAAAAAAGAAAUUUUCUUGAGGCAUGAGUGCGAAAGUAGCAGACGGCAAAUUUAAAAUCAUUAAUAAUUAGAGUAAAUAAUUAAUAAAAUAAAAUUUUGAAAAAAUGCGCAUUUGAAAAAUUUUGAAUUUUAGAAGUGCAUUUUUUCAAAAUAUUUUUUUUUAAUUAUUUACUCUAUUUAUUUAAUUUUAAAUUUGUCUGUCUGCUAAAUUCACUCAUCUGGAGGCAAACAAAAUUUCUUGUGCUGAAAUUUUUUUUUUCUGUGUAAAAAUAAUAAAAAAAUUUUACAAUAACGGUGCGGUUGGUGUUUUACAAAGCAAAAUCUAUAUCUAAUAAUUUUUAUACUAAAAUACUCGGGUACGAGAUUUAAAGCGAAGAAAAAAAUUCAAUUUAUUUUUUAACGCGAUUUAAUUAUUUAUUUUUAUUACUUUGUACGCUAAUAUUUAAACGACUGUUCCUAGACCAGUUGCGUUAUA